CAGCGCGGAUGGGGGUUGUACGUUUUACGCAGGCUGUGGCAGCUACGCGGUGAGGUGACGGCUCACAGCGCCCGUGAGCUGGGGCGGUCGGUUCUUCCUCCUCCGUGGCCUACGAGGGUCCCCAGCCUGGGUAAAGAUGGCCCCAUGGCUCCCGAAGGGCCUGGUCCCAGCUGUGCUCUGGGGCCUGAGCCUCUUCCUCAGCCUCCCAGGCCCCAUCUGGCUCCAGCCCUCUCCAUCUCCCCAGUCUUCUCCCCCGCCUCAGCCCCAUCCGUGUCAUACCUGCCGGGGACUGGUUGACAGCUUCAACAAGGGCCUGGAGAGAACCAUCCGGGACAACUUUGGAGGUGGAAACACUGCCUGGGAGGAAGAGAAGUUGUCCAAAUACAAAGACAGUGAGACCCGCCUGGUAGAGGUGCUGGAGGGCGUGUGCAGCAAGUCGGACUUCGAGUGCCACCGCCUGCUGGAGCUGAGUGAGGAGCUGGUGGAGAGCUGGUGGUUUCACAAGCAGCAGGAGGCCCCGGACCUGUUCCAGUGGCUGUGCUCAGAUUCCCUGAAGCUCUGCUGCCCCGCAGGCACCUUUGGGCCCUCCUGCCUUCCCUGUCCUGGGGGCACAGAGAGGCCCUGUGGUGGCUACGGGCAGUGUGAAGGGGAAGGGACACGAGGGGGCAGCGGGCAGUGUGACUGCCAAGCCGGCUACGGGGGUGAGGCCUGUGGCCAGUGUGGCCUUGGCUACUUCGAGGCAGAACGCAACGCCAGCCAUCUGGUAUGUUCGGCUUGUUUUGGCCCCUGUGCCCGAUGCUCAGGACCUGAGGAAUCAAACUGUUUGCAAUGCAAGAAGGGCUGGGCCCUGCACCACCUCAAGUGUGUAGACAUUGAUGAGUGUGGCACAGAGGGAGCCACCUGUGGAGCCGACCAAUUCUGCGUGAACACUGAGGGCUCCUAUGAGUGCCGAGACUGUGCCAAGGCCUGCCUAGGCUGCAUGGGGGCAGGGCCAGGUCGCUGUAAGAAGUGUAGCCCUGGCUACCAGCAGGUGGGCUCCAAGUGUCUCGACGUGGAUGAGUGUGAGACAGAGGUGUGUCCAGGAGAGAAUGAGCAGUGUGAAAACACCGAGGGCGGUUAUCGCUGCAUCUGUGCCGAGGGCUACAAGCAGAUGGAAGGCAUCUGUGUGAAGGAGCAGAUCCCAGAGUCGGCGGGUUUCUUCUCAGAGAUGACAGAGGACGAGUUGGUGGUGCUGCAGCAGAUGUUCUUUGGUGUCAUCAUCUGUGCCCUGGCCACACUGGCUGCUAAGGGCGACUUGGUGUUCACUGCCAUUUUCAUUGGGGCUGUGGCGGCCAUGACUGGCUACUGGUUGUCAGAGCGCAGUGACCGUGUGCUGGAGGGCUUCAUCAAGGGCAGAUAAUCUCGGCCACCACUUUGUAGGAUCUCCUCCCACCUACGCUGCCCCCAGAGCUUGGGCUGCCCUCCUGCUGGACACUCAGGACAGCUUGGUUUAUUUUUGAGAGUGGGGUAAGCAACCCUACCUGCCUUACAGAGCAGCCCAGGUACCCAGGUCUGGGCAGACAAGGCCCCUAGGGUAAAAAGUAGCCCUGAAGGUGGAUACCAUGACUUCUUCACCUGGCAGGCUUCACAAUGUGUGAAUUUCAGAAGUUUUUCCUUAAUGGUGGCUGCUAGUGAGCUUUGGCCCCUGCUCAGGAUGAGGGGGUCCUCACAGUGGUGGGGCUGUCACAGCCCCCUCCUGCCAGCUGCAUGCUGCCAGCUCUUUCUGUGUUCACCACAUCCCCACCCCUCAUUGCCAUUUAUUUAUUCAUCUCAGGAAAUAAAGAAAGGUCUUGGAAAGUUAAAAGGCUUCAGUCUUACUACCUGUUCCACCACCCCCACCUUAGGGAAAUUUCCUAGAAUUCUGGGAAAUUGAGGGAUUCCCUGAUGGUGAGUGGAGAAAAGAUAGAGGAGAAGGUUGCCCCUGAAGUGCUGUUAGGAGAAGGAGGGUAGAGGAACCAGCCUUAGGAUGGUUCUAUGCCAGCUGUCAUUUGGCAAAGGACCCUGGACAGAUGACUUUUGCCUCUGAACUUCACUCUUCUCUUUCCUCAAAUGGGCUUCAUAAUGCUUUCCACUCAAGACUUAACAUGAGAAUUAGGUGAUAAAUGUGAAGACCUGGACAGUACACAAGAGAUGUUCAAUAAGUGUGGUCGCCAUUAUGA